AUGGCGCACUCUGAGCUGUUUGUGACGAGAGCGCCCCCUGUGGAGGGGAGAGCUGUCGAGCUGGAUGAUCUGAGCUUCCUGGACUCUUUCGGGGAAGAAAACAGCACUGCGGAGAGAUGCUACCGCUCACACUCCCGCAGCAGCGUCCUCCAAGGUCUGCCCUUUGGAGGGGUGCCCACGGUCCUCGCCAUCAAUGUUGUGCUCUGGAUGUUCCUGCUGCUCAUCUUCUCCUGUCUGAGGAAGGCUGCAUGGGACUAUGGCCGCCUGGCUCUGCUGAUGGAGAAUGACAGUCUCACGUCCCUGUUUUAUGGAGAACCAAGUGAGAAGGAGAAGUCUCCGUCAGAGUCCAGCCCCUCCGACUCUGAGACCAAGGACAUGGGCUUCUGCUCGUGGCUCUCCUCACUUUACCAUAUGAAGGAUGAUGAGAUCCGUAGCAAAUGUGGCAUUGACGCCGUCACGUACCUGUCCUUCCAGCGCCACAUCAUCCUGCUCAUGACAGUGGUUUGCCUGCUGUCUUUGGCUGUCAUCCUGCCGGUCAACUUUUCCGGGAACCUCCUAGGAGACAGUCCUGAAAACUUUGGAAGAACAACACUGGCUAAUGUGAGCGCAAAGGACAGCUUUCUGUGGCUCCACAGCAUCUUGGCUCUGGUGUACUUCAUCAUCACGUUGCUGUGUAUGGCUCAUCACUUGAUACGGCUGGAGUACAGGGAAGAUGAGAAGGUAGCCAGGACACUGAUGAUUACCUCCAUACCAAGAGAGAUCUCUGACGCAGGACUCAUCACCAAACACUUCCAUGAGGCCUACCCCAGCUGUACUGUCACUGAUAUCCGCUUCUGCUUUGAUGUCCACAACCUGAUGAGCCUGGACUUGGAAAGACGCAAGGCAAUGAAAGGCCGUCUGUAUUUUGCCACAAAGGCCCAAAAAGAAGGGAAAAUCAUGAUCAAGAUCCAUCCGUGCGCUCAGAUAUUCUGCUGCGACAUCUGUGGCUUUGAAAAGGUGGAUGCAGAACAGUACUACAGCGAGUUAGAAGAAAAGCGGACAGACGAGUUUAAUGCUGAGAAGAACCGCAUCUCCAUGAAGAGGCUCGGCAUCGCCUUUGUGACUUUUCGUGAUGAGAGGAUGACUGCUGUCAUUGUGAAGGACUAUGGAUGUGUACGCUGCCGUCGCACACCUCAGCAGUCCAGCAUCACAACUGUGGUGCAGUCGCACAAAUGGGGGGUCAGCUACGCACCUGCUCCCAGUGACAUCAUCUGGGAAAACCUGUCGGUGUGCGGAUCUCGCUGGUGGCUCCGCUGCGUCCUCCUCAACAUCCUCCUCUUCCUGCUGCUCUUCUUUCUCACCACUCCCGCCAUCAUCGUCAACACGAUGGACAAGUUCAACGUCACCAGGCCUGUGGACAGCCUGCAGAGCCCUGUCAUUACCCAGUUCUUCCCAACCCUCCUGCUGUGGGCGUUUUCGGUGCUCCUGCCCUUCAUCGUCUACUACUCAGCCUUCUUUGAGUCCCACUGGACCAGAUCUGGUGAGAACCAGGUGACGAUGCACAAGUGUUUUUUCCUGCUGGUCUUCAUGGUCAUCAUCCUGCCCUCGCUUGGUCUGUCCAGUCUUGACCUGUUCUUCACAUGGCUCUUCGAUGUCAACUUCCUGAAUCAGAAGGAGGUCAAAUUCCAGUGUGUGUUUCUUCCUGACAACGGUGCAUUCUUUGUAAACUAUGUGAUUACAUCCAGUCUAAUUGGCACAUCUAUGGAGCUGCUUCGUAUCCCAGCCCUGACGGUGUAUGCCCUCCGCCUCUGCUUUGCCAAGUCCCAGGCUGAGCGCAUUCAUGUCAAACGGAGCCAGGCCUAUGAGUUCCAGUUUGGCCUGGAGUACGCCUGGACCAUGUGUAUCUUUGCAGUCAGUAUGACCUACAGCAUCACAUGUCCCAUCAUUACACCCUUUGGUCUGCUCUAUUUGAUCCUGAAGCACAUGGUUGACCGAUACAACAUCUACUAUGCUUACAUUCCCACCAAACUCAGCCAGCGGAUCCACAGAGCUGCCAUCAGUCAGGUCAUCCUGGCUCCCAUCCUCUGCAUGUUCUGGCUGCUCUUCUUCUCUAUGCUCAGAUUAGGUCCAGUACAUCCCAUCACCCUCUUCACCUUAGUGUCCCUGCUCUCCUGUAUUGCCUUCUCCCUCUUCCGCUUGUGCCUUAGGAAGCGACCAGACAAGUCAACAAGCUACCAGAUGUCUGAUCAGCCAGCAGAGGGGACGUUCACUGAUGGAGACAGGAGUACUGUAACAUCCACCACUGCCUCCAAUCUAUUUGUGGCGUCCGUGCUGCUGGAGCCAGAGCUGGCUUUGACUCCCAUGCCCUCCCCGGCCCACCACAACUACGGCGCCAUGGCCAGCUCCCAGAGUUCAAGUCACGGCCCUGCAGAGGAAGAGGAGUGUGAGGAAGGAAACGCCCAGACCCAUGAGACUGAGCUCCAAGACCCCCCAGUCACCUACUUUUCCAGCCCACUCAUGGACAGCACCGUGGGCUUCCAGUAACACCAAAUCCCCCAAACUGAUUCCGCCUGUCCUUCACCUGGAGAACACAGAUUGCUAAAUGCCGCAAUGCUGCAUUUUCGCUUCUGACCUCAGACUCCAACUUAGCUGCCUCAGACCCCUGAGACCAGACUGGGCUUGUGAGAAAGAAUGAAGAACCUGAAGAGGAACAAGUACAAGAGCAGGGUCCAUGUAAACAUCACAUUAAAUAUAUAGACAGCAGUUUGCCAAAACAUCUCCUGAACCUGUCUCAUGGACACAAACAUCAAACUAGAAGAAAUGUACAAUUUAUUUUAUUUGGAUGCUCCAUGACAGGGAUUCCAGCUUCUUGUAUGGCUUCAUUUGCAAGUUAAAAAGGUUAAAAGUAAUGAAAGUGACUGGGGUGGAAUUGCCUUUGGGUUGCUAUCAGAGAGACUCUGUCCAUGCUGUGCCACUUGGACAUGAGUGGAGGUGAAAGUUCCCAACAGUGUGGGUGGUGUGAGCAGGCUUGCCCCGGCAGACUGACAGAGUGGUCUGUGCACGGGUGAUAUCUGGUUCCUCGGCGGCAGAGCUCGGGGAGGCUGAGGGUGAGGGCAGCUAGUUGUGAAGCCAUCUGCAGUGAGAGAGCAGACAGACGGAGAGCCGAAUGUAACUCAGAGAUGUAAUGUAAUAUAUGUACACUCUUUCCAAGGAGGCACAAGCAGCUUGACUGUACCUGAAGCUUGUUGUAACUACUAUCAAUUUAAGGUUGCUAUUUUUGCUACAGUACUUUUGGUGUCAUUGAUAUUGUGCUUUGGGUUUGAGGCGGAGGCUAGUGGAGAUUGGUAAAGGAUUUGCAGAGCUGUCCCGUGUUAAUCAGAGUAUUCCCUUGUUAUGCUGUUUUGACUGUGUAUGCGAUCCAACUCUAUUUGAAUUUCUUUAUUCAAAAGGAAUAGUUCAACAUUUUGCUAGGUCGCUUUCUUGCGAAGAGUUAGAUGAGAAGAUCGAUACCACUCUCAGGUCUGUACAGUAGAUAUGAAGCUACAGCCAUCAGCUGAUUAGCUUAGUUUAGCAUAAAGACUGGAAACAGAGGUAAACUGCUAGCUCAGGGAUAGAGAUGGGAAUAUUUCUUGGCUGGCCACGGUACAUCCAUCUCGUUGUCACUUGAGACCACACAUAAUCCCACAAAAAACGCAAAGUAUAUUUUUUGUUCUUUGUUCUAUGGAUUAAACAAAUGAGAUAUAACGUGUUAAAUUGAGAGUUUUAGAGUCGCCUGAUGGCAGCUUUCGUUACCUUUGGACUGAGCCGGGCUCGCUGUUUCCAUCCAGUCUUUAUGCUAAGCUAAGAUAACCGGCUGCUGGCAAUAGCUUUACAUUUAACAGACAGAUAUCAGCGUGGUAUCGAUCUUCAUAUCUAACCCUCGGCAAGAAAGUAAAUAUGUUUCUUUCCCAAAUUGUAAUUCAAAAUAUUCCAUGGAGUUUACUUUCUCUCAUUGCAAGACAACAAUAUUGAAAUCUCUAGGGUAAUUUUAAUUACGUUAAAUACUGUGUUACAAAUGAAGAAAUUAUAUAAAAAAAGAAAAUAUAUGUAUUACCAUAAUGGCUCAAAAUCAUUUAUUAGUUUAGUGUUGAUCACUCUUCUUUAAAAACAUUAAGUUUUUUGUUAUGUCCCAAAUAGAAAUACAAACAGUAAAAUUCAAGCACUAGUACAAUGAUUUCAGUUGCAUUAACCUAUUCUGUGUGACACGCCACUGCAUGUUAUGUUGUAUGAGGUAUGCAUUUCUUUGUUCACACGUGUAAAUCUCAUUGUGUUAUCGGUCAGUCAGUAGGUUUGCAAGUUUUGUAUUUUGGGGUUGUUUUUAUUUCAUGUGAAGGGAUGAAAGUUGUUUUCUCAUGAAACUGAAUGUAAAAUGAUUGUAGUUUGUUAUUCAUGUCUCUUGCUGUGCCUUGAACAAAACACUCUCUUUCGUGUGACAAUCCAGCAUGGCCUGAAAUAUGCUGCAUGGACUGAAAAGUACAGAGCGGAGAAACAUCUAAGAGAUGAAAACACAACAAAAACAACCCAGAGUAGUGAUUUUCAUUCAAUGGGUAAUUCAUGCACUCAACAGACAAGCUGUAGGCUCAUGCGACUAAGAUAUUGGCAAAACAAUCUUUGCACAAGGUCCACUUACUACCUUUUUCUGGAGCUUUUAUCAGUGAACUCUAAUGAUCAACUUGUGCAGCAACGUGGACAUUGAGAGGUCCUAAAGAUGCCUAGAAUACUAAAAGGUCAAGAACUAUCAGAAACUUUAUGUUUGUCUUUACGUCACAGCAGUUUUGUCGCCUUUUUAAGAUGUCUUUGUCUCCUUGUUAGUGCCUUGUUGUUGAUUUCAAUCAAUAUCUUUCCCUUCCCUUUUCGUCAUUUUAAUAUGAUUAUUCUUUCAGCUGUACUUUUAUAAAUAUGAUAGCAUAUUAUUGCAUAAAAUUAAAUCUAUUUGCUCCAUUUUACAAGGACUCUAACUCUAAUUUCUCAUGCUGUAUAAAACACAUGAAAGCUGGCAGCACAGUGAGAAAGGAGUGGUCAGUGCAGAGAAUCACAAAGUAAAAGAAGUCAUCUAAAAAAUAUCAAAGAGCAUCUUACAAUUUCUGUCUGUGAACUGCUGACAUGUCCUGUGGGUUUCUCAUCCAGAAGCUUGUUUCACGGAUCAUUAAACAUACUUUCCUUUGAAAAAUGCAAAAUAAAACAUAUUAGGGUAUUCUUAGCUAUAAUGGCCGUUCAAGGAGGGAUUGUCCAUUUUCAAGCUUAACUAGUUUUAUUGUAUCCUGUUAUAUCUGUUUAUAUACUGUCGGUUUGGUCAUCCAAGAUCUAUUUGGAGGUACAUUAGCUUUCCAGACAUGUCCACCGGUUUUUGCUCUUAGUUAUGAAAUGUGUGUAUCAUAAAUACUUUAUUUCAUACAGUAUGUGAGCUUGCUGUAAAUGUGGGUUGUUAUAUCUCCAAGAAGGUUGAGGUUAAGGGACAGACUGCGUUUGAGAUUUAUCUCUGUCAGUCUAACAAGUUUUCAUCUGUCAAAAGUGAAGUGCUGUGAUCUGAAAUUAAAAUUAAUUCAGCUCAAUCCAC